GCUUUUAACGUUAGAGAGGAGCAUCCUCUUCCAAAAAGCACCACCCUCCAUUUUCAAACCCAGAGACCAUAACCCCCCCCUCUCGAUCAAAACCCACUAUUGGGUUUUCUUUGAUGGCUUCUAACACCAUCUCAUUUCUCCCAAUUCCAAUCUCCACCUCUCAAUUUUGCAAUGAAAAACCACAUAAUUCUUCACUCUUGCCACUCCCUUUAAGCUCCUUUUAUGGCAACAAGCUAUUGAUUUCACACUCAAAGUUGAGAACUUUAUCUCUUAAGGGAAAUAAGCCAUCAACGAAUGUCACAGUUUUAUCUACUCUACCCACCAAGAAGUAUACAUCUCAGAAGAUACCAAAAUGGUCAGCAAGAGCGAUAAGGUCAUUUGGGUUAGGAGAACUGGAGGCGAGGAAGUUGAAGUAUCCUAAUACGGGAACUGAUGCACUUUUAAUGGGGAUUUUGAUUGAGGGGACUAGUCCAGCUGCAAAGUUUUUGAGGGCUAAUGGGAUUACUUUUUUCAAAGUCAGAGAAGAAACUGUGAAUUUACUUGGGAAAUCUGAAAUGUAUUUUUUUAGUCCUGAGCAUCCUCCAUUGACUGAACAAGCUCAAAGAGCACUUGAUUGGGCUGUUGAGGAGAAACUAAAGUCAGGAGAUAGUGGAGAAAUUACCACAACUCAUAUACUUCUGGGGACAUGGUCAGAAAAAGAAUCUGCAGGCUGCAAGAUAUUGGAAACUUUAGGUUUUAAUGACGAUAAAGCUAAAGAAGUCGCAGAAUCUAUGAACGGAGAUGUUGCCCUGAGCUUCAAGUAGGGAGGUCAGAAUGCUUUAUUAAACACUUCCUUGUUGACUCCAGAACUUUGCUGCAUAGCUGUCAGAAAAUACACACUUAGGUAGUUGGUUCUAGGUGGAGCAAGUUUGUCAUCAAGGAACUUGUUCCAUGUAUGGGGUGUUUCAAAUUCUUAAACCAAAUGCUUUCAUGAAUCAGCUGGAGAUGUUUAAAUUUGCAUGUCCCUGAAAAGGGAUUUUGUGGAACCCAGAUUCUCAGGUGGGCAUCUUACUAAGAUGAUGGAUUCUUAA